CCGCAGCUACAAUGCCAGCGGUGUCACGCCAUCCUGUCAGGUAUUCUCUCGAGGCGCGCGAGGACAAGGCCGCUCGUCGCUCGCUUGUUCGUUCUUUCUUGAUGACGCGAGAUCGAGGGAAGAGUGCCUCAUCUCUGGGUGUUGCAUUGAACAGUCGGCCGCGAAAUCCGGAUGAUGGUCAGAUCGUUGGUUAUUGCUUCUCGAGAAUUUACGAUGAAAGUGAAAGGGAGGGAGAGAGGGCGAGAGAGAGAGAAAGAGAGAAGCGAAGACGGCUCGAUAACCAACAACCAUCGAAUGAUAAUGAGAUCGGCCAAUGAGUUGGUGCGGCGGGGAAAUUUCACGGGCGCGCGAUCGGCCGUGACGAUUCCUCCGCAGCGAUCGAUCGGUAUUGCGAUGUCAUCACCCGUAAAGUGUAGCUCCACGCGAUAGACAAAGACACGAGACGCACGCAACGUGCACCGCGUGUUGUGCGUCGCACGAGACAACGUGGGCGUCGAAGAACGCCAGAGCUGGACGUAUUAGAGACGCGAGAGAAAGAGAGAAAAAAAAUCACAUUUUUAUGAUGCUGAGAGAAAUCGGAACUCGUCUCGUCUCUUCUUCGAAGGGGAGAUAACCGUGGAAGGUAGGCGGGAGAGAAGCCGUGGGAGUUCAUGGUACACGCCAAGAGGGCUGUACGAAGUGCGUCCGCGUGGAGGAACACGAACUCGGGCAUUCUCGAAGGCGUAUGUAUACAUUGCAAGAGAGAGAGAGAGAGAGAGAGAUUCGUCCUUUUCGCUUUUUCGUCAAAGGUGCGCGUGCCGUCGACAGACAGAGAGAAGCAAACGUCAUCGGAACAGGAACGCUCGAGAGAGAAAGAGAGAGAGAGAGAGAGAGAGAACGAUCAGUAGUUCGAUAGCUCGCAAUCGCUCGCAGACGCUCGACUCGUGCGGCUCGCCGUCGCGCUGUGUGCACUAUCGCUGGACGUUGCAAAAGAGAGUCACUUGGGCUGGGAAAAAAAAAAUCGCAGCGUAACUGAAUAAGGGUUUAAGGUUGUAGGAGAGCAAGAAAGAGGGAGCGAGACUAAGAGAGGGAAAGAGACGGUGUGAUCGCGUGCGAGAGAGGGAAAAAGAGAGACAGAGAGAGAAAGAGAGAAAGAGAGAGCGAGGCUGACGGUGGUAGAAAGAAAUAAGGAGAGCGCGAUCAAGAGUCGCGAGUUCGAGCGAGCUCGCGAUCGAGGAAGCAUCGACGGCGCACUCGACGGACGGAUGGAGGAGCCGACAGCGGGGGAUGUUUUUUAUGGGUCAUCCUCGCGAGGGCAAACCAACCUAAAAGAAAUCGCAAAGUGCUUUUGAGGUUAUGUGUUGUUGAGGGAGGACGACAUUCUCUGCCUUCGCGACCGAGCGACGUAGUUCGAACGAAGUCGAGCCGAAGAAGAUUGGACCAAAUUCACACGAAUGGAUGAUGCUUGGAGGCAAUGAACGGCAUGGAGAAGCAUGGUCACGGGCAUGGACAUUCACACGCGCACUCACACCGUCAUCGCCACUCUCAUGGCAAUUCUCAGAGCUCGGCGCAGAACUCAAGCCAACUACCCUCGAAGCAUAGCCAUGGUCACGUGACGCAUUCGCAGAAGGAUACAGCCGUGCCACAAGUGACUCAGAAGCAGAGAAAUUACAAGCUACUGGUCGACCCGUUUUUAGUUAAGGGGGCUGCAAAAUUAUGUAGAUACGAUGGAACGAUACCCGGCGACCCGACGUAUCCGCUGGUCCAACCUCGAGAUCCUAGGUCGCAGUUGACGAGGAUCUGGACCCGGUUGGAGCAACUCGACCUACCUGUACCUAGAUUUAAAAUCGAUUCCAAUUACUGCGGAGAACCUCCCCCGAUUGAAGUAACGUUUUGCCAUUUAAACGACAAUAUUGACAAGACAUUCUUGACAAACAUGGUCCAGAAAUUUGGAGCCGUAGAAGAGCUUACUAUUUAUUAUCACCCGAUAACCAAUAAACACCUUGGUAUAGCGAGAGUAGUGUUCGAAUCGACCAAGGCGUCGAAGGCGUGUGUAGAGAAAUUGAAUAACACAUCUGUGAUGGGGAAAGUGCUGAGGGUCUUUCUCGAUCCCUUCGGAGAGGAGUGCAAAAAGAUGUUCGAUGAAUUGACGAUGGAGAAGAAGCCGGAGAAGAAGCCAGAGAAAGAGGCGCCAGUGGCGACGGUGGUGAAACCCGAGUCCGAGCAGGAGAAACACCAGACUCCCGUGGAGAAGGUCUUGCCUGAGGAGAGGGACGAUUUUAGAAGUAGUAAAAAGUCUAUUCUAAGUUUAGAGAAGAGCAGAGAGCCAUACGUAGAGAAUUCGAGGUACAACAAAUACAGGGACUAUCCGACGCCGAGCGGCAGCACGGGCAGUGAUUUGGGCUACGGGACGGCACCCAGUGAACUGAAUUAUUCGAAUAAUUAUUCUCAGAAUUCCACCCCGGCUACGAAUUAUGACUUUUACUAUGGCAGUUAUCACCAUCAACCGCCGAACAGCUACUUAGCCAGCAUGUCACAGAACGUGUCACAGAACUUAUCGAUGCAGCAGAACUCGAAUGUAUGGUGGGGCAACAAUUCCGGAUCCGCGGGCUAUCCGUCGUCGGCUUCCGUCUGGUCCGUCCAACCACACGCGACAAACUUGGACGACGCUAAUUCUAACGUAACACCGGCUGGUAAUAAGGCCUCCGGUGCCAAGGCUGCACACCAUACUCCGAAGAAGGAGAAGGAGAAUCAAGUUACGCCCAAGAGCUCGUCGCGCGACUCUCCCGAGGAGAGCCGCAAGACGUUGGAUUUAGACACGAGGAUUGCCAUGUUACUGAAGGACAAGGCCGGCGGGAUGGCACCACCUUUUUUACAAUUCGGCAGCGACUCGGAAGACGACAAGAAGUCGCAAUGUGGUGACAGUGAGAUACUCUCGGAUACUCCCAGCCCCUUUCUGUCGCGCGAAAUUUACAAGUCCUACUUCGACAAGAUGGUAGAGAGGAACAAGGAGCGGAGGAAAGUUCACGAGAAUAGCAUUAGUCAGUUUUCUGUAGACGAGGACCUGGGUAGUGUCAUAAGUUCCAGCGAGGACGAGGCUUUGUUGGGGAGUUACAGUCCAGCGGUCGACGAGAAUGAACCAGAGCCACCCAAGGAACCGCCACCGCCUCCACCGCCCGACGACGACAGGAUGUCGCUGAGUCCUCUAAGCUCGGGCGAUGAAAAGAUCGAGGAAGUGAUAGCACAAACCGAACCCACGAGUCAACUGUACCCGGCAGCUUACUCAGGACACUUAACGCAUUACCCCUCGAAUGAUGUUUACAAUUGGCCCCGGCAGUAUCCCUACCCGUACGGAACGACUUACCUGCAAAGCCAUUAUCAACCCACCACGGCGUCCUUCUCGACGACAGUUGGGAACCAGGGGGCGAGUUAUUAUUCCUCUUUCCAGUCGCGGCUGCACGCCAUGGCGAAUUAUAACAUUACCAAGGACCCACAGGGCCCCACCAUCAACGGAGUCUUGAGCACAGUCAUGAACGAACUGAAACAGAUACUGAAGAGGGAUUUUAAUAAGAAGAUGAUCGAGAACACCGCGUUCAAAUUAUUCGAGGUUUGGUGGGACGAGAAGAAGUCGGAGAAAAGUCAGGCUCAGGGUAGUGGCGAGAAUAAUGUUGUUGUGAACAACACGACUAAGGAGGAUGUAACGAAACCUCAAGGACUAUCGUCGUUACUGGAGCAAGCGACUCCGUUAGGGCUCAAUUACGAUGGAUUUGGCUUGGGUAUUAGAGCUAGUAUGCCAAAGAUGCCUUCAUUCAGGCGCAAGAUCAAAGCUCCGAGCCCGCUACCGCAGGAGGAUGAGGACAGUCGGCAAUCGGUUCACGGUGAUAUGGAAACGAUCGAAAGUGACAGCGACAUGGACACGCCGUCGGUGCAAAAAGCGAAGAGAACGAUGGCUGCGGGCGUCUCUUCCUCGUCGUCCUCGUCAUCGUCCUCCGUGGAGAGCAGUAGCGACGAAGUUAGUUUCAGCGAAUCGUCCAGUAGUUCGAGCGAGAGUUCCGACGAGGAGGAGGCAAUUUCUGGAAAUUUCGAGGACGAGCAAGACACAGAUAGCCGCAUGUCCGACCACAGGCCCUUGGCUUGCAACAGCGAGGAUCCUGAUAUACUGACGGAACUGGCGAUCCAGAGGUCGUUAGACUGUCCCACGCCGACCGGCAGGGAAACACCGGUGCCGGAUGUUAAGAUCAAGGAUAAAAAUUCGACCGAGUUCCCUCAGAUCGAGAACGACGACAGUAGUACUCCGUUGCCUUCUCCCGUGAUAUACGACAAGGUCAAGGAGGAGGAAGUGAUCUCCGAGAAGUCCUCCAUCGCAGAAGAGAAGCCGUUCGAGGUGUGCAGGAUUCUGGACAAGGAAACGAAGAACGUUGCGAGAUUCGUCAAGGAGAGCGAGCCUCAGAGAGAAAUGAAGCCCGCACCGACGAUAAGUCCUGUCAAGGAUGAAGCUCAAGCGGAUAUGCAAAAUAUGGAGAACUUUGCCGCGGAGGCCCUGAUGACUCUGGCAGGACGGGACAACAUCAUACGCCACGGUAGUCCAGGACCUAUACAGCCUAACAUCAUCAGAGCGCUGCAGACGAUGUCGGCGAAAUAUAUCGACGACGAGCCGAUCCUAAAGGAGUCCGAGAAGAUUGAGAUGUUCAGUGAAAUACCUACGACCGAUUCGGAGGAGGAGAGUUUAGAAAUUAGGAGAUUGAGGUACCAAGCGGAAACGGAUCUUCGGUUGAACGGACAACGAACACCAAGUUCUCCUGGCUCUCAGGCGUCGCAGGUAUACAUGGAACAUUCGUAUUCGUUGCCACCUGCGCUUCCGGAGCGCUUAGAACCGGUGAUACGUGUACCAGCGGCUUCGGUGAAGGUGAAACAUACAAAGAUCGUGAAAUUAACGAAAACCAAGGAGAAGGAUAAGGACAAGGAGAAAGACAAGGAAAAGGAGAAGGAGAAAGAAAAAGUACAUAAGGUGGAGAAACGAAAAUCCAACAAGUACACUAAACUGCAUAGUAACAGUCAUCAGAAUCACGAAGGUGAGAAGGAGAACAUCCAGAAUGAUUAUUUGUAUGAAAAGCUGCCCAAACAAGUCCCGCAGUCGUUGGUCACGUACAAGGAGCGAGAUCUCAUGUCGGAAAUGGCUGUUUUGUACGAAUUCCUGACCAGAGGAAUAGACAUGGAGGACGUGGAGUACUUGAGGAGAAGUUACGAAGCUUUGUUGGCGGAUGACAGCCAAGGUUAUUGGCUGAACGACACGCAUUGGGUUGAUCAUCCACCGACCGACGUGCCGAGCCCCGCAAAAAGAAGAAAACGAGACGAAUUGCGGUUGCACGCGAGCGGAAGCGCUAGAACCGAGGGUUACUACAAGGUCGACAUCAGAGAGAAGGCGAAACACAAACACCAUUAUGCUCAAAGUAUACAACGCAGUAACGACGUGGAGGACAGUGGAGGUUCUUACACUGGAGGGGAUGGCGUAAUGAACGGUCCAAAGGGUAAUUCUAAAGCAUUGACAGGCAAGAUGCAGGCCUUGUCUCGUGAGGCACGAAGCAAUCAGCGUCGUUUGUUGACGGCUUUCGGAAUUGAUACGGAUAGUGAUCUCCUUAAAUUUAAUCAAUUGAAGUUCCGCAAGAAACAGCUGAAAUUCGCCAAGUCUGGUAUUCAUGAUUGGGGCUUGUUCGCCAUGGAACCGAUCGCAGCGGACGAGAUGGUCAUAGAAUAUGUCGGUCAAAUGGUCAGACCAGUCGUGGCCGAUCUACGAGAAUCCCAAUAUGAGGCUACCGGAAUCGGUAGCUCUUACCUCUUCCGUAUCGACUUAGACACGAUUAUCGAUGCGACCAAGUGCGGCAAUUUGGCGCGAUUCAUAAAUCACAGUUGCAAUCCAAAUUGUUAUGCAAAAGUAAUCACGAUCGAAAGCCAGAAGAAGAUUGUAAUCUACAGUAAACAACCAAUAGGGGUUAACGAAGAAAUUACUUACGACUACAAGUUCCCAUUGGAGGAUGACAAGAUCCCUUGCCUUUGCGGAGCUCCACAAUGCCGGGGUACCCUCAACUGAAUUGUUCACAAAACUACAUUGUUCAUCUGUUUUUCUGUCUUCUACACUUCAUCGCGCCCUACUCAUAUUUUUGUAAAUAUAUUUCCCCAUGUAAACAUUUUAUAAAAAUGCAAUGGAAAAAUGCUAAAUUAUGUUAAGAUGCGUUCUUACGUUAUUUGGCGCGAUUCCUUGGAUCCAGCGAUUUCACUCUGAUGAAGAGAAGUUGAAGAUAGACAAGUAAAGCACCAGUGUUGUUCGUUAA